CGCAUGCGAACUGAGGCCCAAAGUGGGGAAAGCCUUGCACACCGAUCUAAGCCAGCUGCUUUGAUUAAACCACUACACAGGAAGACUGCAAGACCAUCCAUCCCCCAACCAUCAGAGCAACUCUACAAACAGCAGGCAAACACAUGCAAACUUAAGCUCUGUGGACUUUUUUUAAUCAGCCAGAAGCUCACCAAGGAGACCUUCUGUUUGUGAUUCUCUCUUGUCAAAGGGUACCCGAGGCCCUGCGACCCCUGAGCUAAUGUGAAGGGGAGGAGGAAAGUUAGUGGGAGGUGGGAGGCCUACAGUGGGGCAGCUUCCAGAAAGGAGACAGAGAGCAGUCACCAGGAAGCGAGGAAAAGAUGGCCACAGGAGAGAUCACGACACUUCCUAUCACGCCUGAAGACGGCGGCAGUGGCGGCUUUCCCCCUGGAACUUUCAAGGAGCCCAAGAGGUUGUACUGCAAAAAUGGGGGCUUCUUCUUGAGGAUAAAGUCAGACGGUGGAGUGGACGGAAUCCGGGAGAAGAGCGAUCCCCACAUAAUGCUUCAGCUGCAGGCAACCUCAGUAGGGGAGGUGGUCAUCAAAGGGGUUCGCGCCAAUCGCUACCUGGCUAUGAACAGAGACGGACGACUGUUUGGAGCGAGACGAGCAACUGAGGAAUGUUACUUCUUGGAGCGUCUCGAGAGCAACAACUACAACACCUACCGCUCAAGGAAAUACCCCACCAUGUAUGUGGCGCUGAAGCGGACCGGCCAGUACAAGUCUGGAAGCAAAACCGGACCGGGUCAGAAGGCUAUACUCUUUCUGCCCAUGUCGGCAAAGUGAUAACCUGGGACAAGGUUGAAAGAACGUUGGUGCCUUAGCUGUGAUGGCAGUGAAGGAAGGUACUGUAAGUCCACAGUGCCUGGCACAGCUGUGAUCUUUGGAGACUCAUUUAUUCCGACACACCUGCUCUUGUUAAGCUUGACUUUUUGAAUCAAUCACCACUUUUAAUGCAGAAGAAAAGAACGAGGAAAACGUCAGAGCCAAAGUCCUCUUUUGUACACUCGGCUCCUAAUCCUAUAAAAAGGGGCAUUGACACAUUUCACACAACGUAAGGUUUUAUUAACUGUUAGACUACUUAGAAGACUUCAAAGUAUGUGUAUAUUCCUAAGGUGUCUUGUAGUAUUUGUGUUGUGGACACACAAAACAAUUCCAAGGCAACUGAAGUUCAGUCCAAUGACAGAUGAAAGAUAAAGAAAACUUAGCUGAGACGUUAGAUUUGAGGCUACAACUUUCUGCUCCCAACUCAUCACAUACUUUUUUUUAAAGUCUGUCGUUCAACUGAUAAAAUCAAGUUUGGUUGACUGGAAACCUUUGAUGAGUACUUGGGAAACCAGCAACCAUACAUUGUUUUGUACACAGAUUACGGCACCAGGUUUUUUUGGAUUGCGUUACACAUUUUGUAACAAUACUUAAGGUCUCGACAUUAGCCAAAAGGUAUCUUCAAUUCAAAAUGUGUUCCUCAGUCCAUGCCAUGCAAAACAGAGUUAGCUGGGGUUUUUUUCAAACUUUUCUUAGAUGGUAUAUGUUCAGAAGCAGAACAAAGCCUAAAUUGUAACCUGCUGAAAAACUCGGGUUUAGACUGAAUCCCAAUUCUUGCCCUAAACACAUCUUCUCGGUCUUAUCCCGAGCCCUCACCCCUCAAACUAGGGGGCCAAGCGGUGGAAAACACACCUUAAGAAAUACAACGCCACUUGUGUCCUCAAUACGUCACCCCUGGCCGAUUGGUGGAUUUUACUAUGAUACAGAUAAACUGUAACAAGUGGUAGACACGGUAUUCAGAAUCUACAUUUUGUACAAUAGUUGUGCUAGCUAGGUUGUCAGGACGAACAAUUUUAAAACCAAAAAAAGAUUUGAAAAUUUAGAAAAUAGAUCAGCUGUUGAAUCAUUCAGGAAAUGUUGUCAGGUUGUCAGGACGAGCAAUUUUAAAACCAAAAAAAGUUUUGAAAAUUUUGAAAAUAGAUCAGCUUUUGAAUCAUUCGGGAAAUGUGUUCAAUUGAAGUCCAUUGUUUAAAAUUUUGACAGAGUAGUUUCCUAGAUGCAGUCGCGUUAGCUAUCUCAUGUGACAAGCGGGUUUAGGAUAGAAGACAUUCUAAACAUUGCUCGUAUAAAUUAGCCGUGUAAUAUUUCAUGAAAUGUAGUAAAUUGUUAUGUAGUUUGUUUGCUGUUCGCCUGAUACCGUAGUUUAAUAGCUACAGCUUCGUGAACUAGCCCGUUUCACGAGAAUUUUUUGAAUAGAAAAAAACAUUCUAAACAUGGCUGAUGUAAAUUCCAAAAGUAAAUUAGAAAUCUAAUCAAUCAUGAAAUGUAGUAAAUUAUUCUGUAUUCUUGUCCAGGGUGUCCCCCGCCUUCGGCCUGAAUGCAGCUGAGAUAGGCUCCUGCACCCCCCGCGACUCCCAAAUGAGAUAAGAAGUAGAAAAUGGAUGGAUGGAUGGUAUUCUGUAUUCUGCUACCCUGACAUCGUAGUUUAUUAGCUACAGUCGCGUUGGCUCGUGUGACAAACGAGAUUAUAAUAGAAAACAUUCUAAUCAUGGCUCAUGUAAAUUAUCCAUCUAAUCAUUCAUGAUAUGUAGUUAAUUGUAGUGUAGUUUGUUUGCUGCUAGUCUCAUACCAUAAUGUAAUACUAACAGCUGCGUUACCUAGCUCGUGUAACGAGCGACUAGAAAAAAAAUACAUUCUAAACAUGGCUAGUGUAAAUUAUGGAAGUAAAUUAACAUUGUAAUCUUUCAUGAAAUGUAGUAAAUUGUUUUAAAGUCUUUAUUCUGCUCCCCUGAACUCGUAGGUUUUUAGCUAAAGUCGUGUUAGCUAGCUUGUGUGGCAAUCAAGUUCAUAAUAGAAAACAUUCUAAACAUGGUUAACUUAAAUUAUGUCUGGUCAUUAUUGGAAUAUGAUACAUUGUAUUAAAGUCCGUAUUUUGCUACCCUGACAACAGUUUAUUAGCUUCAGUCACGUUAGCUCGCUCAUGCGAUAUGCGACUUUAGAAUAGGAAAAAAACAAACAUUCUUAACAUGGCUAAUGUAAAUUCUGAAAGUAAAUUAGCAAUCUAAUCAUUCAUCAAAUGUAGUAAAUUGUUUCAGUCUUUAUUCUGCUACCCUGACCUCGUAGUUUUUUUUAGCUACAGUCGUGUUAGGUAAAUCGUGUGACAAGCAAGUUCAUAAUAGAAAACAUUCUAAACAUGGCUAACUUAAAUUAUAUGUCCUUUUUUAUAUUAUAUAAAAUCCGUAUUUUGCAACCCUGAAGUCAGUUUAUUAGCUACAGUCACGUUAGCUAGCUUGUGUGAUAAGCAAAUUUCGAAUAGAAAACAUUCUCAACAUGGCUAAUGUAAAUUAGCUGUCUAACACAUACUUGCCAACCCUCCCGGAUUUUCCGUGAGACUCCCGAAAUUCAGCGCCUCUCCCGAAAACCUCCCGGACAAAUUUUCUCCUGAAAAUCUCCCGAAAUUCAGGCGAAGCUGGAGGCCACGCCCCCUCCAGCUCCAAGCGGACCUGAGUGACGUGUCGACAGUCUGUUUUCAUGCCCGCUUUCCCACAGUAUAAAGAGCGUGUCUGCCCAAUAACUUUAUAACUGUAGAAUGAUCAAGGGCCAGAUCUUGGUUUCUUAUGUGGGUUUAUUGUUAGGCAGUUUCAUUAAAGUCUCCCAGCCUGGUAAUAACACACAACAACAGCAGUCAUAUUUUCGUCUACCGUAAAGCAGUUUGUCUGCCGUAAGCUCCAAUGUUGUGAACUUGUGACACUCUUAAACAGGACAAUACUGCCAUCUACUUUACAUAGAAUAGAAGGUAGAAUAGAAUGUACUUUAUUUAAUUCAGCACCACAGUUCGCUCACAAUAAACAAUGAUAAUAAUAAAUAAUAUAAUGUAUAUAAUAUAUCGUAUAUAUAAUAUAUAAUAUAUAAAUAAUAUAAGUAUAUUCUACAUAUAUUGUACAUUUAAGUGCAGUCAAGGAACAUAUGCAUUAUACAGUCUGAUGCCUGUCGGUAUGAAGGACCUCCUUGGUCGUUCCGUGUUACAUUUUGGGAGUCUGAGCCUUCCACUGAACGUGCUCAUUCUCUCCGCAAGGUCUGAGUGUAGUGGGUGGGAGGUGUUCUCCAUAAUUGCUAGGAGUUUUGCUAGACUUCUUCUCUGCCAGAGAGUCUAGCUGUGGUUAGAAAAAUACUGACAGAGAAUAGAACAAAGAUGGACAUUUCAACCCUUAACUCAACAAUGACUGUUGUGUGUGUGUGUGUGUGUGUGUGUGUGUGUGUGUGUGUGUGUAUGUAAAUAAAUGAACACUGAAA